UCGUGAGGUGUGUUGGCCUGCGCACCGGACAGUGUCUGGUGCGCCACUAGCUGCACCAAAUCUUGUUUACUCCAAACUUUGUAGAAUUCCCUCAAUUCUUUUUCUUUGCAUGUUAAUGUUGAACUUGAUGCACCUGAGAAAAAUAGCAACUAGACAAACUAGUUAGUCCAUAUGGUUUGUGAUGGACAUCAAACACCAAAAUCAAUUAUAGGAAAUGGUUAAGCCCAUUUCCCUUUCAACAUCAUUCCCAUUGACAAUCGGCUUUCCUCCAAAUACCAUGUUGUUUGUGCUAAUAUACACAAGCCUUCUGACACCUUGCUCAUGGCAAGCGUUCAGUACAUUGGAGGUCCCAUUGAUAUUGACCUCAUCAGAUCUCUUAGUCUACAACAUUUCCUUCCCUGACAUGCCAUAAGAAGCAAGGUGAAAAACACAAUCCACUCCACGGAAAGCCCUCCACACAUCAUCCUUCUUUCUUAUGUCCCCUACGAAACAAGGCCUUAAGAAACUGAUGAAUCAUUCCACAAGCUAUAUAUUGGUAACCAGUUGCAUUAAACACAAAGAAACAGAAGGUAACAUGGUGAUUGCAUGUAAAACAUGUACAGAAACAACUAUGCAAGAGACACCAACUAUUUAAUUAGAUACAUAGAUACACAAAAACAACUAUGCAAGGGACUCCAUCAUGCACACCACUACCGAAUGUCAAUAGAAAACCAGAAAUCCCCAAGAUCACAAACGCUGAUCAGGCCUUACCCCUUAGACAGAAACUGCUCACGAGCGUCUAAACAUGAGGUGGUUGCGGUACACCGACCCUGGCUAAGCGUGAGGGGGCACAUCUCCUCAUGCUCUGGGGAGGGGGCAGAUCUCCGCGUUCAUCAGCGAGGCAGCAGGUGAGGGCGCUGGAAUGCUAGGCGUCAGGAUCCUUGUGCUUUGUCGCCAUUGCUGGCUCAGCAAGGCAGCGGGUGUGGGGUUACGAGGUUUGGGCCGGAUUAUUGAUGGGUAGGCAUGGAUCUACCCGGUAUUUGAUGGGGCAGGCGAGGGCGACCAUCUCGGAGGCCAUCGGGUGCCGAUGGAAGGGGAUGGCGGGGAGCGUGGCGAGGAUGGCGUGGGAGGUCUCGUGCCGCCCAGAUCGACGGAGAACCGGGUGGAUCCCCUCGGGCACCGAUGGAAGGGGAUGGCGGGGAGCAUGGCGAGGAUGGCGGGACAUGAGCACAACACAGGGGCGAUGAUGGCGGGGCGUCGACGGAGAUUUUCCUAGGAUUGCGCUAGGGGUUCACCGCGAGGAUUUGUUGGCGAGGCGUCGGCAAAAGUGCGUCGUGCACAAGGAUUUGGGGGCGAGGCGGGUUUGGGGGAAUGAUGAGCAAAAGCACGAGGGGAGGACAGGCGCGGGGCAUAAUCGUGGUGCACGUGUGGACGACUAUAAUAGGAUUAUAUAGAGUAGCAGGAAAAAACAGAUGGUCCAAACGCGAGCGAGAGAGACCAACCGGACAAAGGAAACGUCGCUGCACCGGAGCGCUACAAUAUAACCCCAACACAACACGAACAAACUAACCUUAUCGGUUUAUCUAUCUUUCUAUCCACAUUCCCAUCUGAGAUAGGAGAGGGCAAGGAUGCUGCUCCUGAGUUCCCCCUUCGUGUCCGUGUCGCCGCCGCCGCCGCCGCUCAUCUCCCAUGGCGCUCGCCCGGCGCUGCGGAUCGAGGCGGUCAGGCAGCUGACGAGGCGGGUGGUGACGACCAAGGCGGACAAGACGAUCGGGGUGGAGGUGGUGCACCUGGCUCCACACCCCAAGUACAAGCGCCGGGAGCGCAUCAAGAAGAAGUACCAAGCGCACGACCCCGACAACCAGUUCAAGGUCGGCGACGUCGUCGAGCUCCAACCCUCCUGUCCCAUCUCCAAGACCAAGCACUUCCUCGCCAUCCCGCUCCCGCCCCGUGACACUCGCCGCAAGUCUCAGCUCCUACCGCCGCUCCAGUCCGACGACAGCCAGGAGUCAUCCUUGCGAGAGUGAUUGAUUGCUGCCUGCCUAUGGCUUCGUCGUAAGGUACCAGCUCCUCUCCAUCAGAGGUGCUGCUUCCCAAUUCCAAAUGUGAAUCCAUGUGUGUUUUUGUCAGACUGUUUUCUUUUCGAUCAAAGGCUUUAGCCCAAUUUCAUCCGAAAUAGUUGUUGCCCUUGUUGGAACCGAUCCAUGGAUAUAGCUGCAUAUUCCCAUUCUGAUGUCGUGUGUUCUAUUGAAAUGCUUAUUUUGCCUAAUAUACUUAAUUUAGAUUUUUCGAGAAAUCGGUUAAUCACUAAAGAUGCAUGGGUUAGGGUUUAGGGUAAACCCAAAUAAAUAAAUGACCAGUAUCUUAUUAAGGGCAUGUUCAUUUCACCCCCACUCCAUUAAUGUGUUCGUUGGUGAGAUGUGGGCCAUCCAGCCUGUAACACCCACUUUAAAAGAAAAGUCUAGAAAGAGAAAUUAUAUUACCUUAUAUCUAUAUGUGUUAUCUAUGUUUCUCAUUUCGUGUGAGCACCACAAUUAAACAAAUAAAUAGUUAAGAAAAGACACUCAAAUAAUACAUGCAUCAUGCUGGUAUUUUAUUU